GCUGUCCCACUCUGGGUAUGGGUGGGUGCACAGAAAGUGUGUGUGGAUCCAUGUGUGUGUGCAGGUGUGAGUAUUGGCCCUGGAGCUCAGAAAGAAGAUAGUGCCUGGACAGUGCGGCAGGCGAAGAGCAGGCCAGAGCUCUAUGAGGGGGCCCUGACUGCUAACCAUGGAGCCAGUGCACUGAGGGGAGACCCUCAGAUACAUUAUAAAAACCAAAGAAUAACGGAAAAUAGCCAAGAAAAAGGAGAAGAAAAACUAAAAAAGACAGAAGAAUGGUUGCAGAGGAAGUGAUCAUUACAUUGUCUGGUGGAGCACCAUGGGGGUUUCGUCUCCAGGGAGGGGUGGAACAUCAGAAACCACUCCAGGUGGCUAAGGUACGUAAACGCAGCAAAGCAUGCAGGGCUGGGCUGCGGGAGGCUGAUGAGCUGGUGUCCAUCAACGAACAGCCAUGUGGACCUCUUUCCCAUGCCCAGGCCAUGAACCUUAUAGACAGCUCUUCUGGGAUAUUAAACAUCCGUGUCAAAAGGGUACCUGCUGCUUUUCAGUCUGUAGUGCUUGUCACCCGCGCCCCAUCUCCCCGCAUAGACAAAGAGUACCGUGCUGCUCUGAAGGCCAUGUCCCCGACCAACCCCCACCAUGCACCUGUUCGUGAGGUUCACCGUAGCCGCUCCUCCAUUACCAGUGGUUUGACAUCACCACCUGGUAGCGAGGCCUAUUAUGGGGAGACCGACAGUGAUGCAGACGUCGCGGGUUAUGAGAGGCAGAGGCGUCAGAAACGCAGGAGUCCCAGCAACUCCACCCCUGGAAAGCCAACGGGACGUACAUCUCCGGAGGGCGGGGAGACGUCAGAGAUGAGUGGCUAUGACAGUGCACCAGAUGCACUGGUUUUCCCACAUUUGUUGGAUGGACAUGGGGAAGAUAGAAAUGGAGCUGAGGGUCUACCAGGGGUGGCAAGAAAGGAGGUGAUUUACCAACCUCCUAAUCUAGGAGUGUGGUCCUCCCAGACAUCCACUGAGACUUCCUCCAUCAUCUCCUCAGCAGAUGACCAGGGGCCGCGAGAUGGUGGACAAGAGGAAGACAGUGGCUUUUUAGAGUUAACCAAAGUGCCAUUGGUAUCCCCAGAGAGGGCAAAAGAGGCCAUGAUGCUUGGCUCCCGCAGCCAGCUGGUGCCCAUGGUAGGUCCUUUGAGCAAACCCAUCGAUGAGGAGCUUACAACAACCUACGUGGAAAAGGCUAAGCAAGCCAAAUUGAACCGAGGAGACACACUGCAAGACAAGCACGUAAAGGAAGCAAAAAGCAAGUGUCGAACAAUUGCAAAUCUACUGACAGAUGCUCCCAAUCCUCAUUCCAAAGGGGUGUUGAUGUUCAAGAAGAGAAGACAGCGUUCCAAGAAGUAUACCCUUACCAGCUUUGGCAGCGUUGAUGAGGACACUUGUCAGGACUCGCAAGAAGAGGACGGUGUCUUUCAAGGCAGUGAAUCCGAGUUUGAUGAGGAUGGCUUUUCAGCCGUUCCAGACCCAACUUGGGAUAGUGACUACCUGGAUAAGUUGGAGAAGAGGGCAACAGCAGGAACAGAAGUUCGGGGAGGUGAAACAGAGGAUGCUCCUCAAGGUUUAAGUGACACGGCAGGUAAAGGAGCCCAGUUGUUUGAGCAGCAGAGAAAAAGGGUAGCUGAACAUGCAAAGAAGAUAGAAGCAGCACAAACUCAGGCACCUACACAGUCCCAAGCACAGAACCAGUCUCAGAUGUAUCCAGUGCAUGUAGAAAUGCAAGUGCAACCAAAUCUCCAACCUCACCAGAUACAACCACCUGGCCUUAUGUCCACACAACCAAUGCUAUCCCAUGCUCCAGCCCCAGUAGCCGAUACAGCCCAUGGAAUACCCAAUGGGGACCUAUCCAACCCUGUAGUUAGCACUGUUAGCAUGGUGAUGUCAGCUCCACCUGUUACAUCCAAACCAGCCAGUGUUUCAGUGACAGUUCUCAACAGUCCUCCACCACCUGCUGAAACACCAUUACCAGAACUACCUGCAACCAAUGUUCUGAAUAGAACAGCACGUCCUUUUACCCCAGGGUUCAUCAGCAUUCGAGCUUCAACUGCUCCUGUAACGUUCCGACCAGCUGUCACAAAGAGGAGUCAGCGUCCUGCUUCAGCAGCUAUUGUACCUGCACCAUUCUCCACUGCUUUUGAACAUGCCAUUAAUCCUACUUCAGCAACUUCACAGCUGAAUACUGGCCCUAUGCCAGUAUUUUCCCCACCAUACUCCAUCCCUCAAGUUUCCUUAGCCCCGGCACCAGGCACUCCAGUUACAUUUCACCCUCCAGCACUUUCUACUUCUGUAGAGACAAAACAGUCAGCCCCGAAAACGACUGGUGGUUAUCAAACUCCAUUUGCAACUGUGACACCAAUAUCAAUGCCUUCAGCCCAACAAGCACCGGUGGUUCCAGUCCCUAUCCCUCCUAUAUCCCAAAUUUCUCAACCGUUUGCUCCACUGCCUCCACUUCAAGUGCCAGUUGCUCAGCUACCACAACCACAGUUUUCUGUACCACAUGUAGCUCAAGUAUCAGUGGUCUCCCAGCCUGAAACAGUGGCUCCAACCCCUGGUCCUGGUCCAACAGGUCGCACGGGAAUUUUAAAUGACGCUCGACGGCGUGGUGGUAAACCCAAACCUAUGUUUGUCGUCCCAGAAGUGAAAAAGAAUUCCCCCAAUCCUGAAUUGUUGACAAUGGUCCAGAAUCUGGAUGAUAGGUUCAACAGGCACAAAUAUGCCCAACCACCCUCUGAAGUUACUUAUGAUGUUUCAGAGGAAGACAGAGGGGGUGAGCCUGGUAUGGGAAGGGUUCCACCCCCAGUUGCACCGAAACCUCGAGUUAUUCAGGAGGCACCACAGAUUCUUCAGGCAGGAGGUAAGGGGGCCCAAUUGUUUGCCAAAAGGCAAAGCCGAAUGGGAAUGUAUGUGGUGGAUACCUCACCUGAGACUCCUUACCAGCAGGAUGUGGCUUUGCAUAAUACAACUCAACCACAUGAGUCCUCUUUCGGCAGUUCUCUUUCUUCCCCCUGGAAAUAUUCCCCAAAUGUUCGUGCACCUCCGCCUAUAGGGUACAAUCCACUCUUGGCCCCCUCCAUCCCCACUGGGCCUCAGAGGGACACACGCCAACCAGACAUCAAGGGCAGGGGAGGCUUCCACAGAGAAGGCAUCAGGGCACUGGAUUUUAUGAGAAGGCAGCCUUAUCAGUUAAACUCUGCCAUGUUUAAUUACGGAGGCAGUAGCACUAAUCUAUCCACCAUGCCUUCUUACCAAACCCAGCAGGGUAAUUACACAACAACGAUGGUCGGUAGCUCAUUAACUUCACCUCGGCAGAUCCCUCUCAAAACAGCCCGUGUUUACGAAAUAAAGCGAUUCUCCACACCCACACCGAUGUCACAUCCAUCUCUGGCUCCCAAAGUCAUUGCACCUCGGUCAGCCACUACCCUUGGAGAACGUUUGACUCAUUUUGAUAUGAACUCCCCACCUCCAGCUUUCAAUCCAACCCCAGCCCUUUUCAAUGAUCCAAACACAGCUUCAACACUGUUCCAACCAUCAAAGCUGCCAAGCCUCCCAAAAUUCUCUUCCACCACUAUGACACACCCUGUGCCUCCUACAGUGCCCACACCCUAUUCUCCACCAUACGCUACUGGGCUCCAGUCAGCCAAGCAAUUUCAGAGUGCUCCUGAACUCAGCAUCCUUGCUUCUCUGCCCCCACUCAAACCCAACCCUGUUCAGGCACCCAAACCACGUUUUGUUGCGACUAAGGCAGGAGUCCAACCCCUUGUCUGGAGGCCAGGGGGAGUUUGAACAACAACAAACAAAUACAAAAGAAAUUAACAAGUUGAUAUCUAAAAGAAUGUAUCAAUCACAGUGGAGAUCAUUGAUCCAAUAUUUAGAUUAAGCCAUAAUAUUACAAGCCACAUUUUUUCAACUGUGAAUAUCAUCCAGAUUUAGAUAGUUGGUUGAACAAAAUAAAAAGUUUAAAGAUAUCAUCUCUUUAUUGGUAUUCAAAAUUAUUGUAUAUAUGAAAAAGGAAAAUUGGAAAAUUCAAAUUAAAUAAAUAAUCUGCCAAAUAAUACAUGUAUUUAAGUACACAAAUCAACAGUAGACACUAGGUGAUGAGAGAUAACUAGAUAAAGAAGCAACAAAAAGAUAACGUGAUUAUUUUCUUCAAUAGAAAUUUAAAAUGACUGAAAUCACAAAUUAAUUUAAUUUUGUUAGAAAAUACUGUCACGUUUACUUUGCUGUUUGUACAUUUAACUAAGUGACAACAAUAAAAGGGUAUAUUAGCAUACAUUGUAUGUGGUAUCACCCUUUAUACAAUAUGCCUGUUCUUGGAGGGGUUUAUGGA